UCUCUCUCCUCCCUUCAAAACACAAACAACAACAACAACAACAAAGUAGCAGAACAAAAAACAAGUAAAAUUACAAUUUCACAAACAAAAAAUGUCAGUUGUAGUAUCAAAUUCCCCUGUAUUUUCCCCUUCACAUCACAAAUCAAUCUUCAGCUCAUCCACUCUCUCUCCUCGAUCUCGGGUUAUAUCGCCUUCUUCCAACACUUUCCGGCAGAAUCUCACCGGAGAUGGACCAUCGACGUCGGGAUUAUCGCCGACGGCGGCGAUUUUGAAGAGAAAAAGGCCCGCAAGAUUGGAUAUUCCGAUUAUGAAUAUGGGUUUUGGAACUCCGGUGACUCCGAGACCUGUGCAAGAUGUUAUGGUGGAGGAGGAGAGAGAUGGGUUUUACUCUGUUUGUUGUAAGAAAGGUAGAAGAGCUGUUAUGGAGGAUCGUUUUUCUGCUGUUCUUGACAUUGAAGGUGAUUCUAAAAAGGCUUUCUUUGGUGUGUUUGAUGGUCAUGGAGGUGUAAAAGCUGCAGAAUAUGCAGCAGAGAACUUGAAUAAAAACAUCAUGGCUGAAGUUGUUAAGAGGGAUGAGAACAAGGUCGAGGAGGCAGUGAAACAUGGUUACUUGAAAACAGAUUCCGACUUUUUAGACGAAGAAACACUCGGUGGCUCGUGCUGUGUUACCGCCUUGAUCACCAAGGGUGACCUGAUCGUGUCUAAUGCUGGUGAUUGUCGGGCUGUCUUGAGUCGAGACGGUGUGGCUGAGGCGAUCACUACCGACCAUAGGCCAUCGAGGCAAGACGAGAAAGACAGAAUUGAAGCCUUGGGUGGUUUCAUUGACUGUUACAAUGGUGUUUGGAGAAUCCAAGGAUCUCUAGCUGUGUCUAGAGGAAUUGGAGACAGACAACUAAAACAAUGGGUGAUUGCUGAACCUGAGACAAAUGUUCUCAAAAUCAAAGCUGAUGACGAGUUCUUGAUCCUAGCAUCUGACGGUUUAUGGGAAAAGGUCACUAAUCAGGAAGCUGUAGAUAUUGCCCGACCUUUGUGCACAGGAAUCAACAAAACUCAGCCUCUAGCAGCUUGUAAAAAGCUGGUCGAUUUAUCUGUUUCGCGAGGAUCUCUUGACGAUGUUAGCGUUAUGGUGAUCCAAUUGCCGCAGUACAUGCAAUAGCUCGCCCUGACCCGAUCAAAGAGGCAAGCACAUAGCAACUCUAACUUGCAAAGUUGAGAUUGAAUUACAAAUUUCAACAGGGUGGAUUAGUAUUACGUUGCUAUGGUGCUACCUUGGUGAUUCUUAUUAUGUUUUUCUUAGAAAUGACAUCAUUUAGGUACAGCGAUAAUCAUUGAUUAAUAGGUAGGAGAUUCAUUAUUUAAUCUAAUUACUAUUCUUUGGGGGGCUUUAUUAAGCCCCUUUAGAUGUAGGCAUAACCGCAUAAGUGAUAGAAUUCACACAAGAGGUAUUUGUUCCUCCUAUUUCAUUGUAAUAAGUAAUAUAACUAUUAAUGAAGUAGCACAUACAGAUUCUGA